AUGGCAGAAUUGCAUUGUUUUGGACAAAUUUUGUGUGCUUAUGGGUUCCCCCAGAAAGAUUUAUUCUGCAAAUGGGGUCUUAAAGCUGGUUGUGCAUGGAGGUUACUUGAAGGUUUAGCUGAAGGUGAGACACAAGUUGACUGCCCACUGGUUGGCGAAAAAGCAUACUUUUGCCAUCCAGUCGAUCUACAUUUCGCUACAAAAGGUUUACAAGGUUGGCCCAAGCUUCAUUUUCAGGUUUGGCAUCAUGAUUGGGUUGGUAAAAACGAGCUUUAUGGGUAUGGUUUCUGUCACAUCCCAACAUCUCCUGGAAAUCAUGAGGUAAUUGUUCCCACAUGGAGACCGGUAGGUUCCAUUUUGGACACUUUAGUGUCAAGGCUGGUUGGAGGUGGUCCACGUCUUCGCAGACCAGACAUUGUCUACGACCCAACUGAUAGAUUCUUGCUACAGACAGAGAGUAUGGGUUACAUAACACUAGAUUUGAAUGUCGUAACGAGAAAUUUUGAUAAGUUUGGUGUAGAAAUGUAA